UCCCAGCAUUCCCUGCACCCCGUUCCUCUGUAACUUAGACUCCAGUGUGCCGCGCAGUGUGCGCAAAUUCACCCGCAGAGUUGGUGGUUUCUGAAUCCGAAGACUUGAAACCAGGCGAGAAGACCCUUCUUUCCUUCAAAAGAAGAUGACAGCCCACAGAGAGUUAACUUCUGUUUACAUGGGACUCAGAAAUCUUCUGCAAAUCAUGAUUUCAAGGCCAGAGGAUGGCAGGGGAACAGAAACCCUCAAGUAACCUCCUGGAACAGUUUAUUUUACUAGCCAAAGGUACCAGUGGUUCAGCCCUCACUGCUCUCAUAAGUCAGGUCUUAGAGGCUCCUGGAGUGUACGUCUUUGGAGAACUGCUGGAGCUGGCCAAUGUGCAGGAGCUUGCAGAAGGAGCUAAUGCUGCUUAUUUGCAGUUGCUGAACCUGUUUGCCUAUGGAACAUACCCAGAUUACAUAGCCAACAAGGAGAGCCUGCCAGAACUGAGCAUAGCUCAGCAGAACAAGCUGAAGCAUCUUACCAUCGUGAGCUUGGCAUCAAGAAUGAAGUGUAUCCCCUACUCCGUGCUGCUGAAGGACCUGGAGAUGCGAAAUCUCCGGGAACUGGAAGACCUCAUCAUUGAGGCUGUCUACACUGACAUCAUCCAGGGCAAGCUGGACCAGCGAAACCAGCUGCUAGAAGUGGAUUUCUGCAUUGGCCGUGACAUCCGAAAGAAGGAUAUCAAUAAUAUUGUCAAGACCUUACAUGAGUGGUGUGAUGGCUGUGAAGCAGUUCUGUUGGGCAUUGAGCAGCAAGUUCUGAGAGCCAACCAGUACAAAGAGAACCACAACCGGACUCAGCAGCAGGUAGAGGCAGAGGUUACCAACAUCAAGAAGACACUCAAAGCCACCGCAUCUUCCUCAGCUCAGGAGAUGGAGCAGCAGCUGACCGAACGGGAGUGUCCCCCUCAUGCUGAGCAGAGACAGCCCACCAAGAAGAUGUCCAAAGUGAAAGGUCUGGUCUCCAGCCGCCACUAGGGCUGGCUGGGGCAGCUGGCACUCACCAGGCCUGGGUCAGGUGGGGAGGGGACACCAAGGGCCUAUUUCCUCCCCUCUCUACCUGCAGUGAGUUCCAGACCUGCCCGUCCCCUCACCAGCACCUCCUCACCCCCAUUGGUACUGUUCCAGAAAAACCGUUACUCCUUUCCCUCACCCACUUCCUCCUUCCCCAGUUGUUCCCUUCAGACUCAGGGGCUCCACCAAUGCCAUCCUAACAGGGUCGGACACUGCCCAGCUUCCCUCCAGGAGGUUCUUGUCUCUGUGUAAGGGCUUGUCUCCCUCUCAGUUUUUCUUUUGCUCCAUGUCAUUUUGUCAGGCUGGGCAUAAGCCCGAGGCAGCUUUAGUAGGCCCCCAGGGAUGACUGCGAAGGAGGCCCCUCCCCAAGAGAGGAGGGGCAUUCCUUUUCCAGCCCCAUGUACCACAGUACCCACAAUGGUGCAGGCGAUCUCUAGCCAGGUAUCAAAAUGCUUUGUUUUCCCUCUCCUGCCUUACCCCUGUUGGCAGCUCCACUUCAGGCCAUGGAGGGAUGUGAUGCUGGGCUAUGUUUACUAAACCUGUGGGUUUUCAGCCUCUUAAGCCCAGCUCCGAUCUCUCACUAGUUGGGAGCCCUGAGUUGACUGACCUUUGGUAUCCAAGCACAGAUGGAGGGUGUUGUGGGUCCAUGGGUAGCAGAAGUUAUUUCUUCCGGCUUGGUGUUCUCUGCUGGCAAUUUUCCUGCUGCCUCUGACUACUCAGCCUUGUUUUCCAUGUGUAGUCCCCAGCUGCCCACUGGGGCUGUCUGCCAACACUUGCUCUCCCGAGAUCUUUAAUUUCUUCCGGCUGUACCUGGGGUGGGGAUGGUAGCACCGAGGCCACUCUGCCUGGGGAAGGACCUGCUGCUGCUUCUGUCUUUCUUUCUACCCCUCGUUGGCUGAUGACCCAGAGCCCUCUGAUGAUGGCAUUCUCCUGGCAAGAGAAAAGGACUUAACUAGACUUUCUAAACUUGAACAGUUUCAGGUUAUAUUUUAAUUUUUUUUUUUGUACAGGUUCUGAUUCUAAUACAUUUCAACAUGCUUUUGUCCCCCCUCGUGUCAAUAUGUGUUAUAGACUAAACGCCGGGGAUUUUUCACCUGGUUGGAGGGUGGCAUGUGUGUCUGUGUGCGUGUUUUAUUUUGUUUUUUUAAGGGGAGGUGGAGGUCCUGGACUGAUAUUAAAGUUCAUUGAGGAAAAAGCACAUUUUAGAACAAAAAAAUAAAAAGUGUAGAUUUAAUGUAUGUGACUGGAGUGUGGGGUUGCAUAGCUGGUGGAUCUUGAGGGGUUGGGACUAGGGUGGUUCAGGGAAAUGUGAUGCUAUUUCAGUGCCAUGGCUAACAAAUAGAUUUCUCCUUUUUCUAAAAUGUCCAGCAGCUGCCUACUGCUGAUUGAAUGUUAAAGUAUUCUCAUUUCCCUUUUAAGCUGGUCCAUGUGCCCACAUAACAUUACGUCCAACUGGAGAGUUAAGUUUAAUUCCCAAAGUAUGUUUCAUGAAACCCCUUGUCAGAUGCUCUGUGGAAAAGGGGUUCUGUUAUUAAAUAAAUUUGGCAAUCCCUGCACCCCA